AGCUCCUUCUCCAUCGGGUACAUAUUCCUCACUCGUGGUCAUUGACAACAGUGAAACGCAAAUCUCAGCCAGCUCCCCACCAACAACAGAUUUACCGAUUGUUCGUCUUCAACUCAGGCCAGCGUGCCAUCAUGGCCAGAUUUAUUCGCCAGUUGUGCGUGUUAUUUUGGAAAAAUUCCCUCUGCCGUUUAAGACAGCCGGUACUGACCCUGUCGGAAAUUAUAUGGCCGUGUCUAUUGUUUCUUAUCCUGGUCGGAGUGAGAGUUCAACAUCUUCCCCGUCAACGUGAAAACUGUUUUUUGCAGCCUCGUACUUUGCCCAGUGGAGGACUUUUUCCUUUCACUCAGAGUCUUUUUUGUGAUAUUGGUUCUCAGUGUCGUAGCACAGAGUUCACAAGAUCAGAGAACUCUCCCCGUUCCAGGUCUUCGCUGGGCUUCACAGAUGAGAGUGGGGUCAACUUCUUAACAUUAAUACAAGAUCUUGGAAAGGAAAUCAAUGAAACCAUGCAAAAAGCAUCUACUUUACAAAGCAAUUUAAAUGAAUUGUUUGGAGAUUCGGGUUCUUCUGGACAACUAGGAUUUGUCAUGAUGGAUCUGAUUGAAACAGAGAAAGCCAUUAACAUAAUAGAACAAAUUCACAAUGAAACAUAUACUUGGGAUAUUCUUUUCAAACUACCUAAAGUACUGGAAACCCUGAAGAAUGAGGAUUUUUUAAGCAGAGGCACGACUGAGAUGAUUGACUUAUUGACGGAUGCAAGAAGGUUAUUGGAAUCACUGAAAGAUAUGUUCACUUCCAAAAAUGAGAGUUCAUAUUUGAUUUCAGACAUUGGCUUUAACCUGACCAUCAGUGCAUUGAACAUCUUCUAUAGUAUUGGCAUUCAAGAUUUAGACCAGAACCUGACACUGGGUAAUCUUCUGUGGGAUCGUAAAAUGACUGAGUCAGAUUUAAGAAAUGGAUUUAAGUUGGAUCCUGUGAUGAUCGAACAACUGCUGAAUACAUCAAUUCCUUUAUGCAAGUUUUCUAUUCUCCUGAAUGAGCGCGAACUCCAGAAAUUUUUGUGCACAAAGAUGGAUCACUUUGUCCCGUGUGCUUGGUUGAACUAUCUGUCUACUUAUCUGUUCCACAAUAUUGACAUGUUUAAGUUAUCCAAAAAGGCUUUUAAUGUUUGGCGUAGAAGUGGAUUCCCUGAGUACUUGGUGACCACGUUUGACCAAAUGUCAGCAGCUGUAAUGAGACUUUCAACAGAAAACCGGGACUUCAAAAAAUCUUCACCAGCACAACAGAUUAUUUCCCUGCUCAGUGACUUUUUUCACCACAUUGUGGAUCCAUCAGGAGAAUCACAAAAGUACCUUGAAAGGUUUCAGGAAAAUGUGCAGUCUUUGAAACAGUGGCCUCAAAUCAAGUACAUGCUUAUGGUAGAUAAGUCACUCAGAAACCUCAUUAUUGCAAGAUGGAAUGCUGAUCGAGCUACUUUUGAAUUUCUGAAGAAGGUGUUUACCACCCUGCAAGUGAAUAUUGUGAACCGGAUGAUAUUGGAUAUUGAUAUCCUGAUGACAGAACUGAAAACGAUCUUGACCCAAAAUGUAACUGUUACAUGCAGUGAUAUGGUCUUGAAGUUGAGGGAUGUUCUCAACUUAUCAGAGGACUUAAUUUCAAACGAAGCCUUAACAAGUAUAAUCUGUAGUCAUCAAACAUCCAGUGAACCCUGGGGUGUGUUGGAACAUUUUCCAAAUAUGAAGAGCUGGAUUGAAGCUGUUGAACAGUACAGCACAGUGCUUGCUGGGGAGCAGGAUUUUGAAGUCACAUUUCAAGAUUCAUACACAGGAUGGCUAGAAUUAUUCAAAGUGUAUGAAGACAACCAACGAUUCUACAAUCAGUUCUUUAGGAAUAUCACAGAAGAAAUAUAUGCUACAUCUGAACAGUGGAAAAGUUUUGAAUUUAGUACUUUUCAGGAACACGUUAUAUGGAACCUGGCCUUUGAUGUAUUUGAUGCCCAAGGAUCUGCAUUGGAAAAUAGUGAUUUCUGGCCAAGCAUUGAAAAUCAUAUUCGAGGAAUUUGCUGGCUGAUAGAAAACUCGAACCAACCACUCCAAGGAAAUAGUAGUAAUUCAGAAUCGAAUUGUAUCACAGGGAAGAUCAAUUGGAGAGAUCUGCUUAGUGAGACUGUAAUAUUCAAGCAGAAUGUUAGCAGUAAUUCUGGCACAUUUUGGAAACGGUUUCAGAGUUCACUACUGGAGCUGUUGAACUUGAAUAAUAUCAUUAAGCUAAGUGCCAGUGAUAUGCAGCUUAUAAGUCAAAGUUUUGGAAAUUUUAGUGAUGCAAAUUUUUUUGAGACUGCCCAAGGAAUACAGAUUGUAGCAAAAGUCAUUUUAGAGAAUGUACCUCUGUGGAUGAACAAGUAUGCCAGCGCAACAAAUGGAACAUCUUCGAUAAUUCCUGCAUUACUUCAACUUACUCAAACAAGUAGUGUCACUUCAUUAAUUUACAAACUAAAGUUUUUCAUGAAUCAGUGGUCAAAAGGACAGUCACCACAGUUUAGGGAAGUACUGAAUGUUUUGCUUAGCGUGUUACAAAAGGAAUUACCAAAUCUGCUGAUCAUCAACCCCUUUAAAAGUACAGUUGACAGAUUUAAUGCCAUGUGGUCCAGUCUGCAACAGCUUUUUAAUCCUCAAACUUCUGAAAAUCUAACACACAGUCUAAAUUCCUUCUGGAAUUUGACAUCUACAAUAUGGAUAAGAUCAACCCAAGGCAACAUGGAUUAUGUUGACACGGCUAAAAUAUUUCUGUAUUAUUUGAAUAAUCUUGGUUUACUGUCUCAAGAACAACUUUCUUCAGUGGAGGAUGCCCUCAAUGGCUUAAAAAAUGCUUCAGUAAUUGAUUCUUCUGCUCAAUCUUUUUCUCAGCUGAAAGAUAUGGAGCUGCCAUUGUUCAAGCUGUUGCAAAUGAUUAAUACAGAAAAUAAAACAGAGCUUUUGGAGACAGCUUUUAAUAUACUUCAUGCAGUCUCACAAUUAUCAAAUGUGACUGAGCUCUCAUCAUUGGUAACUGCUGUCAAUAAUAUUUCUGAAGACAUUUCCAGUUUUUUUGAACAAUAUAGCUCCAAUGACAUUAGUGAGGCCUUUAAUGCAAUUUCAAAUAUUGUGUCUGUUUUCCACAAUAUGUCAAAGGAUGACUUUGCUGAAAAUUUAUUGAAUCUAUAUCUCUACAUGCAAUCACAGAUACAAGCACAGGGAAGAGUCACAGGAUCAGAACUGCAACAGAUAAAUGAGACAAUUGUAAGACUCGCAGAAGCUUUCCAUAAUAAUACAAACAAUAUUAGUUGUUUGUUGUUGCAGGCAUUGCAGUCUUCAUCCAUCCCUAUUUCUGAUAUUUGGUUGAGUAAAUAUUGUUCCAUACAUAACACUGGAAGAAAAAUCCGUUCAGUAGAGGCUGCUUCUAAUUCACAAUCCAGUCAGAAUCCAUACAGAGCCUUGGUGGAACAAAUUAUCUACAGUCUAAUGGAUAAAAAUCAAGAAAUAUCAUCCUCAUUGUCGUGCACAGCAGAUUUGUUUCUGUCAUGGACUGAAAUUAUAAAAGAGAUAGCAGUACAGUUGAACUUGGAUAUUCAAGUAGCUAACUUCUUUCAUAGUGGCUUGAAAGAAGUGUCGCAAGAACUGAAUAAAACAUCAGUAUGUACUAGACAUUUGAUCAUGGAUAACAGGACAGCUGCAUUGAAAGUCUUACUGAAGAACAUUACAGUAGCAAAUGGCUUUAAUCUUCAGAAUUUGUACCAAUUAAGCACUGAUCGCUUCAUCAUCUUACAUCAUGUAGUGAAUACAUUUCUUAUUCCAAUUGAUAACAAAAUGCUUCAACAACUCAUCACGAUUGUGGACAACGUGUUUAGUUUAUUUCAGGAUUCCAACCUUGAUAACUUGAAUAACUUCUCUAAAAUCAUAGAUGCCCUUCGCCCUAUGUGGUCAUUGUAUGACCCUCAACAUGAAAAACUCUAUUCAAUCCUGCGAACAUUUGCAUACUUAAACUCCAAUGCUGAUCUGGAAAGUAUUAAAGUGGUCUUCAGGGAGAUUCUUUUAUUCUAUAAUAACAGCUUUAACAUGGCCAAUCUUGAUCAUUCUGUGCAAUAUAUGAAAGAAUUCUUGGAUUUAGUGGCAACGACUGAGAAUAAUGGAGGCCAGUUUCCAUACAAAACAUUGGUGGUAUUAAUUAAACAACUAAUCCAUUCUGAAAAUCCACAUACAGGGGAAAAGGAAUGGGGAAAAUUGCUACAGUGGCUAUAUGUGCUGACGCAUACCAAUUUUUCUGAUCCAUCACUCUCAUUUCUGACACACGUAAGCAACAUUCCAAUCUUUGGAAUGAACAUAUCUGAAAUAGACAAAGUUAUGAGAAAAACUGAGGAAGCAAUUUUCAAAGUUCGAAACCUGACAGAACAGUUCCAUGGCAUAAAUGCAUCUAUUGCUUAUUACUAUGAAGUUAUUGAAUUGUUGGAAAUGAUUUGUCCUGAUUCUGGUUCUUACAAAAUCAAAAGCAUUCAAACUCUGAAGAUGUCCAUUCAAUUGGCUUACAAUAUUUUUAAUGAUGAAAACAUGUCAUAUGACUUAAUGGAACAGUUAAUGAAGCACUUGGAAAACAUGGCCAAUGACAAUGCAACUGCAAAAGAGCUGUUUGGCCAUUUCAGUAAACUGGUCAGUGGAAAUGUUAACAUAAGCCAGUGGUAUUCUGUAGAUUCGGCCAAACUCCUUUCUCGACAAAUUCAAGCACUAACUGUCAUUUUAACUUCAAAUCAGAACAUUCAGCAAUUUUCGCUACUUCUUCACAAAUUACUGCUUCAAAUGAAUCAAAGUGCUUUUAUAAAUUUGAGGCCAGAGAAAAUUUCAAAUGUGUUGUUUGGCACCUUGGAUAUAAUUCUUCAUUUCAAUAAGAGAACAGCUUACAAUUUGUCUGUGACUGAGGCCAUGAGUACUUUACUUAGCAAAGCUACAGGUUUUAGUUGCCUGAGUUCAAAUAAAUGUUCAGAACAGGACAUGAACAUUCAGAACAUCAGGUUGAGACAACUGUUUUCUCAAAUUGUACAGUUUGCAGAAGAAUUAGAUGAAUUUCAUAAAUCAAAAUGUAAGCCUCAUCUAAUAAUGAUAGAGUCAAGUGAAUCAUUUCAUUUGCUAAUUGAAUAUAUUAACAACAUAACAUUCAACAACAACUCAAUUGUAGAAGAACAACUGAAUGCAUUUAUAAAUGGUUUGGAGGGACUUCCACUGUCAGAGAUUGAAUGUGCGAUAGAUGUUAUGAACUUUUCCAGUGCUUUUCUGAAGACAUUACAGCAAAUUGGGAACAGUGGUGGAACCAGUGGCAUUGAACAAUUCUUAGAGUUUGCACAAUCAGCCUCUCGUCUUUUUCACAUUGUGUCGGAAACAAUAAAAGUUCGCAAUGACACAAAAGCAGCUGUGCACGCUCUAAUUUUAUUGAAGAAUGAAAGUUCAAAUUUAGCAACAGUGUUGAAAAGUCCCAAUUACACUUCUGUCGUGAAAGUGCUCAAAAUGAUUGAUGAUCUAACUGAGCAUUUCAAACUGGAGACAAAUCCAGGUGGUUACUUUCAGCAGUUGCUAUUGUACUUAGACGCAUUUUCUAAGGCGCUUGAGCUGAUUGAGAUACCUCAGGAAACAACAGAAGAGCUUAAAGGUUUUGGUGAAGUACUACGAUUCUUUCUUCCAUUUCUAAACAGAAGCCACACCCAAGACUUGGAAACUGACUCUGUACUCAACAUUACAUUCUUUGUUUUGCAACAUGUAAACUCAAUAACUGCAAUUCACAAUGAACUGCAAUUGUUGAAAACAGAUCUUCAGAACUUGCUUAAUGCCACAGUCCACAGUGGCUCAAGUAACAAACAAGCUGUGUACAGCCUAAAUGAACUCAUAGCCUUUGUUGGAAAUGUCACAUUAACUUAUAACUCAAGACAUGAUAAUGGCACUUUGCAGGAUCCACUUCAGCUUGAUGCAAUAAUUGAAACUGCACAACUUUUAAGAGAAUAUGUGAAAUUUUUGAAUAAGGUAUCAUUACCAUCUAUGUCUGCCAGUGAUGGUGCUGAAAUGUUCAUCCAAUUACUUCGUAACAGCCUAAUGAGAAUCAAGUCCGUUGAACCAACUGAGUUGUUUGUUGUCCCUUGGACUUCUCUUUUCAAUGAUAAACUUAUACACAGGAUGUUUUCCAUACUACUGGGUGAUCUUGUUCAGCAUUUCACAAAUUUUCAUCAAGGUCAAAUCAACUUGACAGAAAAUAUGGCCUAUAUAAUUUACAAUCUUACAACCAGCCUGACAUCAAUCAAAGAUGUAUAUUCCAUAAAUGCCCACUUGGAGCAAAUGAACAGUGACCUUGCAAGGUUCUUUAAAGAACUGAAUGGCAGUGGGGAUUCACAUGCCAUGUUAACUAUUUUGACAAAAGUGACUAAGGUUUUAAAACAUGUGCCAGAUUUUCAAAACAUGACUGAGAUUCUACGCUCCUUCAAGGUAAUUUUAUCGGAGGUUGGAAAUGAACAUUUUCCACAAACUCUAAUUCAAGAUGGAAUUACCCUAGUAAAGAGUCUUUCCACCAUGAAUGUGAGUCAAGCAUUGAAUGCACUUUACUUGUUUGGACUAGCUCAUCAGACAAUGGGAUUAGAGUUCAGUCAAGGAAAUCAGACUGGAAACUACACUCAACUUAAUGAGAAGAUUAUUAGACUGUUGCAGGCGAUUUCUAACAUUGCUAAUUCCUCACAGUUAUCACAGUGUUUGCCCAUAGCUGUUUGCAAGCUGCUAUCAGAAGAAACAGCCGAUGAUGAUGAUGGUCUCUUUUUAAAAGCUUGUGACUUCAAGGCAAAUCAAAGUCUUAGUACUGUUUUUAAUCUGGCAGUUGAUAUUAAGCAGCUCUUUGCAGGAGUUGUCCAAGGGGCUGCAAAAGUGGAAUGCUCAGGAAGUACAGUUUUCAAAAAAAUCAUCCAGCAAACAGGGUGUGCAAUUCAACAAUAUGAAGAAUGGAAUGCAUUUUUGCUCCAGAUAUCCCGGCUAUGUGGUUUGAAGUCUCCAGUGCUAACAAAACUGCAAGAAAUUUGGAAUAACGUUUCAUAUGUCAUAGCUUCCACCAAAGAGGACAACCGAAAUUGUCCUAUUGUCCCAAUAAGAGAAAAAUCUGAGAAGCUGAUUGGCCUGUUUCGGAAUAUGACUUUAACAAGCACUAUUUCUGCUGAACAAACCAUUAAUUUCCUCUCUGAUGUAAGUGACACAAUACUUUUGCUGAGUGGCAACAAUUCAGAAACUGCACACAGCACUCUGAAAAUUUUCGCUAAUUAUUUAAGAAAUGCAACCAAAAACGUAUUGUCACCUUCAGAUUCAAAGAACCAUAUCUCCACACUGAUCUCUGCUGUGCAGUUAUUACUUUCAACAACAGGUCAUAAGAAUGAAUCCCUGUAUUCAGUGUUAGAUGAUUUAAUGGGUGUACUUAAUAAUAAUGCCAUUAAUGUUUUGUCAACAGAUAUUGAUAAAAUAUUAAAUGACAUAACAAAGAAUCCUAAAAUUGAAGAUCUACUGCCAGCUGUAAAGAAUGUGAUUAGUUUGUUGAGAAAUAUAACAACAGGUGGUUUCACUGAGCUUAACGCAUUGCAAUUUUACAAAAUAUCAAAUGAUUUGGAGAAAGUUCUGGAAAUAAUGCCAUAUAUAUCCAACUUCACAGAUGAAAACUAUUACAAAAUACUGAAUGUUAUUGGUCAUUUGCUAAAAAACCAAAAUCUUCCAGAAAUAGUUAAUACAACACUCAACCAAAUUGUAAAAUCUGCCGGUAUAAUGAGCAAUGUUUCACAGCUGCUAAUGGAACAAAUGGACUCAGCAGCAUCUGUUCUGGAGGUUUAUCAAAAGUUGUUCCCCCACAUCACAGCCAUAAUUUCGAAUGAACACCUCUACCAAAGCUCUAAGGCAUUACAACUUUUAAAUGAUUUGAUAGUUGAAGUUUACUCACAUUGGGAUCGUUCACCUGAAUUCAAUCAAACAUUGGUAAACAAGGCCAUCCAGGUCUUAAAUGAGUUACUACCAGAAAACAAACAGGCAACUAUAAAUUUUGUGCAUAUCAUCAAUAAUGCGUUCUUGGAGUUCCAAGAGAUUGACACUAAUGGAAAUCUUAACUCAACUGAAAUCUUAAAUGUGACACUGAACUUGAUGAACAUGCUUGAAGAGUUGUUUGAGGUAAUGCCAGUAUUCGGUCCUACUUGGAAGAUUGUAGCUGAUAUUCCUAAAUUUACUAAACUGCUUCUGGAGUUCAAGGAAACAGGCAAUUACACAAGAUUGGGAGAAGUGUGUCAGUUUGAUUGGUUCAAUAAGUCAGUCAUGCCAUCAUACACCACAAAUCUCUUUCAGUUAAAGUUGCAGAAUCUCUUUACAGAAAAAGUGUACUUUGUUAAUGAUAUAAUGUGUAUGCAGAAGAACUGUCGUCAGAAUAUUUCAGGACACCUAAUUCAUGCUCUGACUGAACUGUUUAAUUUGACAACCGAUGUCAAACAGAUUUUAGAUGAAACGUUCUUGACUCCAGUCCAGGGAAACUGUGAGACAUCUCUUAACAACAGCAUACAAUUAGAAAUUGCAAAUAGGCAGGCAUCACAAGCAAUUGAACAUGCAGCAAGGAACUACCAAUGCAGUUGUGAAUUGACUCCAUUGAUGACAGAGCAACUAUAUGAAAGGUUUGAAUUUUCUGCAAUAACACUUUGUCCAAAUAGUACCUUUGCAACUCUACUUGAGAACAUUGGAGCAUUUAAAGGUUUACCAAUUGAGAACUGUGUGCAAAACAUCACAACUUUAAAAAUGCAGUUGGAGCAAAGCAAUGGCUUCUCAUCUGAAGCCAUUGAUGUGUUAGUGAAGGCAAACCUGACUGUCUCGCAGUUAAUUCGUGGCCUUAUUAUCACAGCAGACAGGUGUGAUGAGGAGAGCCUGGCUCUAAUGCUGUCAAUUUCAGACAAUGCAAACAUUUCAUCUCUGGCUGCUGAACUGUGUGCUUUGACUCCUUUGCAAAGUUAUAGUCUUAUUUUGAAAAUCAGCCAGCACAUAGAUUUUAGAUGCUUCGCUUAUAAGGCACUUCUACCAAUGCUACUACCUCCUAAUGUUUAUCAGGUAAUGGACAAUAUCCUGGAGAUGUUCUCCAGCCUCAGUUCUUUCACUACUAAAUCAUUAAAAAUCUUGGAUUUGAUCCCCAAUCUUUUGCAGUCUGUGCGUGACUUGAAUCUUACAUCUAUUUUUGAAUUCAAUGAGAAUGUUCAAAGAAGGACUUUGAGAAUGUCUGCAAGUAGUUCUUUACAAACCCUCUCCAAAGCAAUUUGUAGGACUCAGUCAACCAGCUUACUCGGUGGUGGAAUGAUGUUCUCAGAAUUACCACAAAUCGACACUCUCACUGAGGGAGACUUAAUCAAAUACAACGUUCCUACAAAUACCACUCCCUUCUGCAUGAACUUUUAUCAGGAUAUUUUAAAAGCGCCAAAUGGACCCUUGCUGUGGACCUUCCUGAAACCGCUGCUACUUGGUGAAAUACUAUAUGCUCCAAGCACAAUUCCGAUACAGAGACUGAUGGACAAGUCCAACAGCAUAUUCAGCACAGUUAACGACCUGAAGACAUAUUCUGAAGUCUGGCUGAAAUCGGCAAAUGUUUUGCAGAAACAGGAAAACUUUAAGUCAAGUCAGCUUCAGAAGGCAAUGCAGAAUAAUUUUAUACGCAGUUUCAUUCAGUCUCAACUGGAUAUUGAUCUUGAUAAACUUUUGGAACAUUUACAACAAUAUGAAGAAGCAAUCUCUGAAGCAAUGAAUGAUCCAGUAGUACAACAGAUCACUGUCCUCUCACAGCUGAUGGUGAAUAUCUCAUCCUGCAUAUUACUAGACCGCUUUAAACAUCUAGAAUCUAAGGAAGAACUGCAUCAGAAAGUAAAAGAACUAAUGGAAAAAAACACAUUCCUAGCAAGUAUAUUUUUCGAUGUUGAUGAUAGCAACACCUCGAGAGUGGCACGAUCAUUGUCUUCCUCACUUCCAACUAAGUUGAGCUACACUAUUAGGACAGACAUUCUGCACAGUAUGCCGACUGAUCAACUGGAAAAUCCCAAAUGGAAAUCUCAGCCCCAAAAUUUGCCAACAAGCAGUUUCUAUUAUAAUCGUGUCUUUCUUCCAUUGCAAGAUAUGAUUGAGCAAGCGAUCAUUCGGUUUCAGAUUGGUCAAGAUAUCCCCAACCCUGCAAUACAGAUCCAAGCAAUGCCAUUUCCCUGCCACAUCAGUGAUCAGUUUCUCAACAACACUGCCUUCUUUUUCCCAUUAUUAAUGAUGCUUGCGUGGAUGAUUUCUGUGGCUUCCAUGGUGCGUAACCUUGUGUUUGAGAAAGAACUUCGACUGGAAGAGUACACCAAGAUGCUGGGAGUGAAGCCAAUAGUUCAUUUUAUGGUCUGGUUUCUGGACACUUUCUUUAUCCUGAUUUUGAGCAGUGCCUUCAUCACCAUUAUUUUGAAAGCCAGCGAAAUACUUCCAAACAGUAAUGGAUUCAUCAUUUUCCUCUUUCUUUUGGAUUUUGGAGUAUCUGUCAUUGCGCUGAGCUACCUGAUUGCCACCUUCUUUAGCCAUGCUAAUACAGCAGCUCUCAGUGCCUGCCUGAUCUACAUCAUUACCUUCUUUCCCUAUAUGGUCCUUGUGGCUGUACAGAAUCAACUCAGCUUCUCCAGCCAGAUUCUGAUUUGCCUCCUGUGUCCAACUGCAUUCAGCCAGGGAUCAUAUAUUAUCACACUUUUUGAAGGUAAUGGAUCAGGAAUCCAGUGGAAUAACAUGUAUGAUACCCCUGGAAAUGGGGACAAUGUGUCUUUUGCCUGGAUUUGCUGGAUGAUGGUCAUCGAUUCAGUGAUAUACUUUGUACUAGGCUGGUAUCUCCGCAAUGUCUUCCCUGGUAAAUGUGGAUCUCGGAAGCCUUGGUAUUUCCCCUUUACCAGUUUGUAUUGGAAAACCGUGUGUGAUUGUGCCAAGCACUUUGACAGAAAGAUCGGAGAAGGUUAUUGGGCCCAAAAUCUUGAUUGCUACAAUCAGCAAAUGAAUGUUAAAGGAGACCCAUUCAAAUCUAUGGAUUUGUCUGGGAAAGAAAUGACACCUCCCAAUUUGAAUAUUGGAGUUGCUUUAAGGUCACUCACCAAAGAGUUUAAACACAAAGGAAAAGUGGCUGUUAAAGACUUAAACCUUGAUUUCUACGAAGGAGAAAUUACUGCAUUAUUAGGACCCAAUGGAGCAGGCAAGACAACAACUAUGUCAAUGCUAACUGGCUUGCACCAGCCCAGCUCUGGGACUAUUUAUAUUAGAGGGAGGAAUAUGAAUCGAGAAAUGUCAGUCAUUAGAGAAGAGCUGGGAGUGUGUCUGCAACAUGAUGUGCUGUUUGAGAGAUUAACAGUGCGUGAACAUCUCUUGUUAUAUGGCAUAAUAAAAGCACCACAGUGGACGUACAGACAACUGUUGCAAGAAGUGAAAAUGGCCCUUGAAAAUGUAGAAAUUAGUCAGCACCAACACAAACAGGUUGGAGCUUUGUCUGGGGGAACAAAGAGAAAGCUGUCGUUGGCAAUUUCAUUCAUUGGAGGCUCCUCUACUAUCAUUUUGGAUGAACCCACCAGUGGCGUCGAUCCUUGUUCUCGGCGUAACAUCUGGGAUGUUAUAUUAAAAUAUAGAACAGGUCGAACAAUUAUUUUUACUACUCAUCAUUUGGAUGAAGCAGACAUCUUGAGUGACCGUAUUGCCAUCCUUGAAAGUGGCCAAUUGAAAUGCUGUGGUUCUCCUGCCUACUUAAAGGAACGGUAUGGGCAGGGUUACAGCCUCAGUAUCUUGAAAAAGCCUACUGUAGUAGGAACUGAUGAGUCAUGUGAUGUUGGCCUUGUAACCUCUCUGGUGAAACAGCACGUUCCCCUGGCUUUUCUGAAGCAAGAUGCCUUUGGCAAGCUGACAUAUAGCGUUCCAACAAUGGAAGAUAAGACUGCUUGUGAAAGGUUGCUUCUAGAUCUCGACAAAGAAAUGAAAAAUUUACACCUGAGCAGCUACAGUAUCUCUGAUACCACACUAGAGGAGGUGUUUCUGAAGUUGCUUCAGAGUGAGCAAAGCCCAGCGCCACAUGGAAGCCAGGAUACAGAGUCUCUGAAUUCUGAGAGCAUCGAAUCAACUCACAGUGACAGUGCGGCCCUUGCUGGACUCCAGCGAGAAACUGGAUGGCGACUCAUCCUUAAACAGAUGGCAGCUCUGAUGAUUAAACGCUUUCACCAUUCAAGAAGGGAUUGGAAGGGGGCCAUUGCCAACAUUCUGCUUCCUGUUCUCUUUGUCAUUCUAGCAAUGGCUCUGUUCAGUGUCAAACCUUUAACUGCUGAAUACCCCAACCUCAAGUUAUCUCCAGACAUAUAUCAGGAUUCAGAUGUCACAUUCUUCAGUUCUGGUAACAAUGAUUUUAUAAACUUGACCUCCAUGUUGCUGAAGUUUUUGAAAAUAAAUGAAUCCUGUGUUGGCCAAGCCUCCAAUCUGGACAGUUCUUCAUGUGGGUGGAAUGGAAAUUCAGAACCACAGAAUUUUAUGGGGCACUGUAAUUGUGAUAAUGGCAAUCAGCAAUGCCCAGCAGCAAAUAACACGACACCCUACUACAGAAAUAGUGACGGACAACUGCUAUACAACCUCACAGGUUACAAUCUGCAAGACUACUUAAUAUCAACAGAAAACAUAUUUGGACAAAAAAGCAACAAGGAUUCCCUGCAUGGUACAGCCAGUGACAACGAAGAUGAAGAUGAAGAUGUGAAGAAAGAACGUGGACGAGUUCUGAAUGGAGAAGCAAGCAGUGACAUGUUACAGAUACGCAACUUAAAGAAAUGUUACCAGACACUAAACAAGAAAGUUAAUGCUGUGAAAGGAGUUACAGUGGGGGUGCGUUCAGGAGAGUGUUUUGGACUCCUCGGUGUGAAUGGGGCUGGGAAAACUACCACAUUCAAAAUGCUGACAGGAGACAUAAGACCAUCUUCAGGCCAAGCAAUUAUCAGGACUGCUGCAGGGUCUGAACAAGACAUCAUAAACACGCAUAUUGAUGGGUCUCUGAUUGGCUAUUGUCCCCAAUAUGAUGCCCUGGAUGGUCUCUUGACCGGCUGGGAACACCUAUACUACUAUUCCAGAAUUCGUGGAAUACCUGAGGAGAUAAUCAAGAAACAUAUUCAUAAUCUUGUUCAUCGCCUGUACCUGACCCCCCAUGUCAAUAAAUUAGUGAAAACGUACAGUGGUGGUACAAAGAGAAAACUAUCAACAAUCUUGGCAUUGAUUGGUAGUCCUCAAGUCCUUUUACUGGACGAGCCGAGUUCAGGAAUGGAUCCUGAGAGCAAGCGCUAUCUCUGGAAGACAGUCAUAAAUGAAGUGGAAGCUGGGUGUGCUGCAGUUCUGACUUCACACAGCAUGGAGGAAUGUGAAGCUUUGUGUACAAGACUUGCCAUUAUGGUAAAUGGUAAAUUAAAAUGUGUUGGCUGUCCCAAGGACAUACUAAACAGGUUUGGUGAGAUCUAUUCACUUAAAGUAGGCCUCAGCCGAAAAUUAGCUGUCUCAAUGCAGCUCACAGACCUGUUGGAGGUGCACUUCCCAGGCACAAUCUUAAAGGAACAACAUCAAUAUUCUCUAGAGUAUGAGAUACCACAGAGACAAGGAGAUUUAGCAAAGAUGUUCCAGUUUCUUGAGAACAACAAAGCGGAACUCAAUAUCAAACACUAUUCCAUUAGCCAAGCCACUCUAGAUCAGACAAUGAAUGAUGAUGAUGAUGAUGAUGAUGAUGAUGAUGAUGGUAAUGAUACUGUGAACCUCCAGAAGAGGCUGAGAUAG